AUGAUAGUUCAACUUCAACUGUUGCAGCUCACACUGUUGGCGAGGGCAAGCUAUGCUGCUGCUGCCAGAGACCCAACGCAAAGAAGUUUCUUCUUGGAGAAGGAAAUGCAACCCGGCACAACCAUGAAAUAUAGCUUAGUUAGAAAUAUAAAUGGGGCAUGUCCCCUGCCCCGAAAAAUUGCUCAAUCGAUCCCCUUCUCUUCCGCAAAACUGCCAGAAGUUCUCAACAAAUUUUCUAUGGAGCCAACGCCCGUGGAAGCUGCUGUAAUUCAGGAAACCAUUCAAGAUUGUGAAAGUGGAACCCUUAAUGGAGAGGACAGAUAUUGCGCCACCUCCUUGGAGUCAAUGGCUGACUUCGCCAUGUCCAAGCUGGGAAGAAACGUUCAAGCAUUCUCGACAGAGAUCGCAAAGGGAGCCACCCUGCCGAAGUACACAGUAAAGCCUGGCGUGAAGAAGGUGAACGAUGGUGGCAAUUUCAUUUUGUGUCACAAGCUGACCGAUGAGAAUCCUGUCUUCUUUUGCCACACAUUUGGACAAACUAGGGCUUAUGCGGUGCCUCUGCAAGGUGCUGACGGAACUACCGCUAACGCAGUAGCAAUCUGCCACCUGGACACAUCUGCAUGGAACCCCCAGAAUCAUCCCUUACAAGAGGUCAAAGUUAAGCCAGGAACCGUCCCUGUGUGUCAUUAUCUUCCCCAGGGUCAUAUUGCUUGGGUUCCAAACUAG